ACAUUUCCUAUCCCCUUUCGCUGUCAAUACGUGACAGUCGAAAUUUCUUCAAGCAUUUUAUUUUUUCUCAUCGGAAGGUUUAGCGAACGACUAAUGAACGGUGGAUCAAGUGGUUGUGUUGGUGGAUGUGUUGUGGAGGUUUGAAAGAGUGAGGCGAAAUUAUGGAAUCGUUGGGGAAUCAAUUGAGAUCUCUGAAGAGAUUCUGUGGAGCUUGAAUUGAAUAUUGUUCACCCGGGGAGGCUCGACUCGUGAGGAUGGAGGGUAAAUUCCAGAGUCAAAAUGGGGACGAUGAGGCUCCUCACACGAACAACAAGAAAAUGUCUAUGACACUGAGCGCUAAUGGACUCUGGGACGUUGUCCCUCGUCUGGACCACUACAGAGCUAGUCGACGAGCAAAGAGGCCAUCACUGAGCGAUCUGCACGAUGGCAAUCCCGUUAAAGAAGGCAAUAUGGAGACUGGCAUCACACCCGGUCCUGUUCAUGGAGGCAUUAAACUCGGCUGGAUACAGGGGGUCCUUAUACCCUGUUUACUCAAUAUCUGGGGGGUCAUGCUCUUUCUACGACUAUCGUGGAUCGUCGCACAAGCUGGAAUACUCCAGAGUAUUAUUAUAAUUGGGAUAUCGGCUGGAGUUUGUGUCAUCACUACUCUGAGUCUCAGUGCAAUUAGCACUAAUGGCGAAGUAAAGGGAGGCGGGAUUUACUUCAUAAUAUCGAGAUCCCUUGGCCCGGAGUUUGGAGCAUCCGUGGGCAUAGUAUUCGCAUUUGCUAAUGCAGUUGCAGCAUCGAUGAACACCAUAGGCUUUUGCGAUUCUAUGAACGAGCUACUCAAACCCACCGGGGGAAUAAUCGAUAAUGGGGUGCAGGAUACCAGGAUUAUCGGCUGCAUCGCCAUAUUUAUUAUGAUAUUAAUUUGCGCCGGUGGAAUGGAGUGGGAGUCCAAGGCACAAAACUUUUUAAUCGCAAUCAUCGUAAUCGCCAUGUUUGAUUUCUUAAUCGGUGCAAUUGUCGGGCCACGAGAUAUAGCCCAACAGGCGGCAGGUUUCGUUGGAUUUUCCGCCGAGACCUUCGGAAAAAAUUGGGGAACGGAUUAUCGUAAAUUUGAAAACAUAAAUUACGACUUCUUCUCCGUCUUCGCUAUCUUCUUUCCAUCUGUCACUGGAAUUCAAGCUGGUGCCAAUAUAUCUGGCGAUCUUAAGGAUCCCGCCAGUAGUAUUCCCAGUGGUACACUAUUGGCUCUCCUUAUCUCCAUGAUCAGUUACGUUAUGUUUGUACUGUUUGCUGGGGGUGCUGCUGUGCGUGAUGCAUCUGGUAUUUACGUUAAUGAGACUUUUGUCAAUUGUACCGGCGGGGUGGACUGCGACUACGGCCUUCACAACAGUGUUUCAAUAAUGCAGAUGAUGUCACUUUGGGGCCCACUUAUCUACGCAGGAUGCUUUGCAGCGACUCUGUCCACGGCCCUGACGAACCUCAUAUCUGUGCCGCGUCUCAUUCAAGCUCUAGGUCGUGAUCGGAUCUAUCCGGGACUGAUUUUCUUCAGCAAGGGUUAUGGCAAGGCCGGCGAGCCAUAUCGUGGCUAUGUUCUGACGUUCUUUGUUGCGGCAGGUUUCCUCCUCAUCGCAAAUCUCAACGCAGUUGCACCACUUAUCUCCAACUUUUAUCUAGCCUCAUAUGCCCUAAUAAACUUCUGCACGUUCCAUGCUGCGCUCAUAAGACCGCUCGGUUGGCGGCCGACUUUCAAGUAUUACAACACAUGGUUAUCAUUACUCGGAUUUAUUCUCUGUGUGGCCUUCAUGUUUCUCAUUGACUGGGCUACAGCGCUCAUUACUUUCGUCGUUAUUUUCGCGCUUUAUCUCAUUGUUGUUUAUCGUAAGCCUGAUGUCAAUUGGGGGGAUAGUACCCAGGCCCAGACAUAUAAAACAGCGCUGUCUGUCGUACACAGAUUGAAUUCCAUCGACGAACAUGUGAAAAACUACGCCCCUCAAAUUCUCGCCCUCUCAGGCACCCCAGGAACUCGCCCCGACCUUCUCCACUUGGCGAAUCUCAUAACAAAAAAUAAUUCUCUGCUCAUCGCGGGGGAAGUUCGCCCAGAUCGUCUGUCGUAUCGUCAGAGAUCGGCGAGAUUGAGGACUGGAUAUGCGUGGCUGCAUCGUCACAGAAUCAAGGCUUUCUAUCACGUAGUUGGAGAUUUGUGCUUCGAGAAGGGCGCAUCCGCCCUGAUGCAAGCUACAGGGGUGGGAAAACUCGCUCCCAAUGUUGUCCUGAUGGGAUACAAGACCCAUUGGCCUUGCUGCAGUCACAAGGAUCUGCAGGAGUACUUCAAUGUUCUUCACACUGCGUUCGAUCAAAAGUUGGCAGUUGCCAUGCUGCGUGUACCACAGGGAUUGGACACAUCGGUUUGCUCCAGUCAGAUUGAUGAAGAACACCUGAUGCAGAGUAGUUAUGAAAUAGCUGGUAAUACAUUGAUGCACGCAGACAGUGAUUUAUCGAUGAGCAGUGUAAUGACUAGGGUGCAGAGUGUACCCUCCAUCGGUACUCAGUACGUUGGAGUUGAAAGCUCCUCUUCAAUAGCAAGGGAAUCCCCCACUCAUUUCAGCGCUAAGGAUCACUUGAAAUCCAAGAAGAAGAAUGCUGCCGAUAAGAUAUUGUACGAUAGACACAUGGAAGCGAUUUCACAACCGGAAUAUAUUAGUAUUUUUCAAAAGAAGCACAAGCGGGGAGUGAUAGACGUCUGGUGGCUUUACGACGAUGGAGGAUUAACAAUCCUAUUACCAUAUAUCAUCAGUACAAGGGCGAAUUGGGAGCACUGCAAGAUGAGGAUAUUUGCCCUAGCGAAUCACAAGCAGGACAUUGGAGCACAAGAGAAAGAAAUGGCAGAAAUCAUGGCUAAGUUCCGAAUAAAGUACGAAAGCCUGAAGAUGGUGGACGACAUCAGUGUCCAACCCAUGGAGGAAACCCAGGAUUUCUUCAAUAAGCUCAUCGAGACUUUCCAUAAACAUGAAUCCAAUGAUUCAGAAAAUCGGAUAACAGACAUGGAGCGGCAGUCGUUGAGAGAGAAAACGAAUCGACAACUGCGUCUGAGGGAAUUGCUCUUGGAAAAUUCUAGUCAAUCGACGCUAGUUGUGAUGUCUCUCCCAAUGCCGAGAAAAGGUGCAGUUUCAGCCCCCCUGUACCUCGCGUGGCUGGAGGCUCUCACCGCCGACAUGCCGCCAACACUCCUCAUCCGAGGGAACCAGGCAUCAGUGUUAACAUUCUACUCAUAGUCCCCCAAUAUCCGAUAACCAACGACGUAAUUAAUCAUACAUACGAAGAUCCCCGUAAGCCCUCAUUCAGCAGUGUCUCCAUCAUAAUCAUUACAGUAUCGGAUAGAAUAUUUGCUGGGUGAUGAGGAGAAUCCCUCCCUGCUCUCUGACAGUCUCAAAGUUCCCACAGUAUUUCCCCCCUAACACAACCCCCAGAAACCUUCCAUUCCUCAAAUCCCAUGACCCCUGAUCCCAUAUUUAUUAAAAUCCCCAACUACUCACUAUCUAGAUAAAAAACUAUGUAUAUACUUAAUGACAAGCUCAUCGAGCAGCUAUCAAGAUAAUCGAACUGAAGCUAAACCCAGAAUUCUAUAGAAUUACUUAAGAAUCAAAAGAACAGUAUUUAUUAUUUUAAAUGUGUGCCUACUUUCGUAGACUCUGACACUUAUUAAUUGAAUAAGACAUACGAGAACCAAUCA